GAGGCCGGGUCCUCCAGAGCCCCUCGCCCGCUCCUUCCCGCCCGCCUCCUCCGCCGGCUCUUUGGCGACUGGCUGCGUCGGGGCCUCCCGUAGGGGCUCUGGACUUGGUAGUAACCUGAAUUAGAACCACCUUUGCCAGAGGAGGGAGGAGUCUCUUGGGUCCUGUUGGAGGCUUCCUUGGAGCACAGAAAUCAAAGAUGGAAGACUCACCUUGCCCAGAAGCAACAAGAGGUCCAUAUAUCAUCCAUGCUGGGAGCCCUGAGGAAUUCUGGGAAAGAACUGGGCAGAUUAUCCUGGGUCAAGGGUCUGUUUGCAGAAGAGGCCACUGAUUUCCUGGAGUCACAGGAGGCGCUGUCGGACGCCAGAGAGUGUUCCCUGCAAAGGGGGACCGUUCAGGAGAGUGACAGACGUGCCAGUUCACUUGAUGGUGAAAUGAGGCCAGCAAGACCUCCUCAACCGUCUCUUCUUUGUGGUGAAGAAGAAGCAGUUGCUGUGGAGGAGGACUAGAGUCUCAUGUCCUUUGAGGAAGUUGCUGUGUAUUUCAUGGAGGAGGAGUGGGCUCUGUUGGAUCCUGACCAGAGGGCGCUGCACAGGGAAGUCAUGGAGGAGAAUUGUCGGAUCAUCACCUCUCUUGGUUAUGUAUGGGAAACCGAGAAUCAGGGAGAACUACACGGGGUGUUCCCUGAAAGAGCCAUGUGUAUUAAGGGGGAGCAGCAAAGAAGGAGAACUGUAGAAGAAGAGAAGCGGAGGACUACAUCUCCUACUUCUCAGAACGGUGACUGCCAUCAAAUCCCAGUUGAAGAAAAAAGGGGAAAAACUACUACACCACUCACUACACAUCGAAGAACUCAAACAGGGAAGAAACCAUAUAAAUGCUUGGAGUGUGGAAAGAGCUUCACAAGUAAGGAUAGUCUCACUACUCAUCAAAGAAAUCACACAGGGGAUAAACCAUUUAAAUGUGGAAAGAGCUUCCAUCAGCAGGCACAUCUCACUUCUCAUCAAAGUAUUCAUACAGGGGAGAAACCAUAUAAAUUCUCUGAAUGUGGAAAGAGCUUCAUUAGAAAAUUUCAUCUCACUUCUCAUCAAACAAUACACACAGGGGGAGAAACCAUAUAAAU